GGAAGGACAUCCACGUGGGCCGCUGUUUUCUUCCAGAAAGGAGGGGCUCGAGAGGCCGCGCUGGCCUGGAGAUGCCAGAAGCAGCCGGGAGGUGUCCUGGAUGCUGAAUUGGUUCUUCGCCGCCCAGCGCCCGCCCUCUCUCUCCUUCUCCUCUGUCUUGGGUGUGCGGUCCCCGACCCAGUUUCCCGCAGCAGUGCCGAGGCGGUAUCAGCCGCAGCCGGGGCUCAGUGGAGAACGAGAGCUGCGGCGGCGGCUGCUGCAGCAGCAGCAGCAGUAGUAGCAGCGACAGCGAGCGCGCCCCGACCAUGACUGCGGCAGCGGCCGCGGCUGUGGCGGCCGCUGACACUGACCCGGACCCAGACCCACAGCCGCUGCGGUACCUGGUACAACUUCACUUCGUAAAUGAGGAGCAGCUCCUGGACGGCCUACAGCCCUCCCGCCGCAACUCGAAACCCCUCCUGCUUGAGGUGCAUCUUGGGGAAGAAGAUGCUGACCUGAUGGUGACCGAUGCUGAUGGUGUCUGUGUCUUUAAGUGCUUGGUCAAUGGAGAUACGGAAUGCUGCCGAGUGGGGAGAGAGUCUAUCUUGAUUACUUUGGGGUACAACAGUGCUUUGCUGUGGUUCCAGUCUCAUUCUGAAUACAGUACAUUUUCAAAUGCCUUAGAGAGAUAUCGGAAGCAGAAGAAGGAACACUCAGUGUUCAGUCAGCGAACAGAGGCGGCCUCUGCUGCACAGUAUUUUCAGUUUUAUGGGUGUAUAUCCCAACAGCAGAAUAUGCUACAGGACUUUGUGAGGACAGCUACCUACCACAGAGCCAUUCUUCAGAACCACACAGACUUUAAAGACAAGGUGGUCCUAGAUGUUGGCUGUGGAUCCGGAAUUCUUUCCUUUUUUGCUGUGCAGGCUGGAGCCAGGAAAGUGUAUGCAGUUGAAGCUAGUGCCGUAGCCCAGUAUGCUGAGGUUCUAGUGAAAAAUAACAACCUCUCAGACAAGAUCACAGUUUUGUCAGGAAAAAUUGAGGAAAUCUCACUGCCAGAAACUGUAGAUGUGAUUAUUUCUGAACCCAUGGGCUACAUGCUAUUCAAUGAGAGGAUGCUGGAGAGUUACCUCCAUUCCAAAAAAUGGUUGAAGUCAAAUGGGAUGAUGUUCCCAACAUCUAGUGACAUUCAUUUGGCUCCUUUCUCGGAUGAACAACUCUACAAUGAACACUACUCCAGAGCAAAUUUCUGGUACCAACAGAGUUUCUAUGGGGUCAAUCUUUCCAGCCUCCGUGGUGCAGCCUUGGAUGAAUACUUCAGACAGCCAAUUGUAGAUACAUUUGACAUUAGGAUUUUGAUGGCUCAGACAAUUAAAUAUACUGUCAAUUUUAUUGAAGCCAAAGAGGAAGAUUUGCACAGAGUGGAAAUUCCCUUCAUGUUUCAUAUGAUGCAAUCUGGUCUCAUCCAUGGCCUGGCUUUUUGGUUCGAUGUGGCAUUUGUUGGAUCACUGGUCACAGUCUGGCUGUCCACAGCCCCAACAGAGCCCCUGACUCACUGGUAUCAGGUGCGCUGCCUCCUUCAGACACCUCUUUUUGCCAAGGAAGGAGAAACUCUCUCAGGGAAAGUGCUCUUUGUAGCCAAUAAGCGACAGAGUUAUGACAUUCAGAUUGUGGCCAUAGUGAACCAAACAGGCUUCAAAUCUGGUAAUGUUCUUGACUUAAAGAAUCCAUUUUUUAGGUAUGCAUAGAAGACAGUGUAGAAUGAGCCAAAAGGCAGAACUAAGACUUCGGGGAGCCAAGCUGACUGUGAGACUGAUUUUCCUUCCUCCGUGGACUCCCGUGACAUCACUUCACAUUGCUGUGUUAACCGUAUUUGCUCCAGCCCUGGAUUUUAUGUCAGUUACAUAAUGAAGAAAUAUCCUUGUUUUUAGGCCCAUUUUCUAAAAUCUCAGACUCAGGUCUGAGGACUGCUUUGGGCCCACACCUAAUACAGUGCACUUUGAGGGAUGGCUCUUAAGAGCUUUGUUCAAACGAUUCUAGACUCACGCCUCUACCCCUUCCCCUUAUUUUUUUUCUUUUCGUUUUUUUUUGUAAAAGUGACAAUUAUUUCUAUGCUUUUUUGUGAAGCAUAGUCUUCUCUUUAAAUAAAAAAAAAACAGAACAAAAGCCCUACCUCAUGUUUUUACACAUACACAUGCACACAAACAUACAUGAAAUAGCAAAAAAUUUAAGAAGCAACAUAUAAGUUACUUAUUUAAAACCAUGCUCUGCAUCCCUUUUCCUCCUAUUUUCAAUAUGUCAGGAGCUAGUCCUAUUGCUCAGCAAUGUGUUAAAAAUGUGUUAGAAUAUUUUUUGCCAGAUUCAUUUAAUUGAAUACCCUGAUGUCAAAAAAUAUUCCUCAUCAUUUGCCAAUAUGCUGACUAUGUGGUUAAGAAAAUAAAUAUAUAACCUUUGUAAGCUCUCUUAAGUUUACAAUAAAAAUUUACAACGUAUGCUA